UCUUCUUGUAUUAAUCCAUCUUUCUCUCUCUCUACAUCUCUCCAAAUCAGAAAAUAAAGAAAAAUUUCAAUCAAUCAGUCCUGUCCAUUUGAGGGAAAAUAUUCAUUCAUAUGAUGGAUGUUAAAGGCAAAAACAGGAACCAGAAGAGCAUGAGCCCCUCCUCCUCUUCCACCACCACCGGCACCCAAAGUGAAGAGGAGAUGGGGGACUUAAGAAGAGGGCCAUGGACUGUUGAAGAAGACUUUAAGCUCAUCAAUUACAUUACUACUCAUGGAGAGGGUCGCUGGAACUCUCUUGCUCGCUGUGCAGGUCUCAAAAGAACCGGAAAAAGCUGCAGAUUAAGAUGGCUGAACUAUUUAAGACCUGAUGUUCGACGUGGAAAUAUCACUCUGGAAGAACAGCUCAUGAUCCUGGAGCUUCAUUCUCGAUGGGGCAAUCGAUGGUCCAAGAUUGCGCAACACUUGCCGGGUAGAACUGACAAUGAGAUCAAGAAUUACUGGAGGACGCGCGUGCAAAAGCAUGCGAAACAGCUUAAAUGUGACGUGAAUAGCAAGCAAUUCAAAGAUACUAUGCGAUACUUAUGGAUGCCUAGGUUAAUUGAAAGAAUUCAAGCUGCGUCCGCCGCUAACGCCACCGCUACCAGUACAACCUCAGCUGCACCCGCAAUCGCAGACCCCGCCCAUCACAACCUCACUGAAAUGGGUACCGGGCAAUGGGUCAUGGGUCAAGGUAAUGGACUUGUAGGAAAUGAGCAGUUUGGGAUUACUCGUUACACUACUCCUGAGAGUUCUAGUACGGCUGCCUCAUCGGACUCGUUUGGGACGCAGGUUUCGCCUGUCUCCGAUUUGACAAACGAUUAUUACAGUACUACUAUCUCGGUUAAUCAUAACUCUAAUCCGGAUUACUUUCAAUCUGCGCAAGUGGGAUAUUCGGAGUCUAUGAUUAGUCCGUCUGGUUACUUUAACCAAGCAUUGGAUUUCCAAGCUCCGGAACAGAACACCAACAACAACCAACUAUGGAUGGACGGAGGGGACAUCACGGACAAUUUGUGGAAUGUUGAAGAUAUUUGGUUCAACAAUAUGUGAAAAGAAAUGCCCAACACUAAUGAAUGGGUAAAAAUUUAGAGUUCAAGAAACAAGAAUUAUCCAUAGAAUAAUUCAUAAUACUGAUAGGAUUUGUGAUGGACAGAGAGGUCUAAUUGUGGAUUAAUUACUUUCUUUGUUUGCAUUUCCUUAGUUUUUUUGUUUUUGCUAAGAGGGGGAGGGGGUAUAAUUGUAAUUUUUACUUUUUCCGGUUAAUCCCAUUCUUUGAUAUUAACACAGUCAUCCUGUUCCGGCAACAUUAUCUCUAUUAUUUAAAUUAUCG